GCUCCUGACCUUUAACCUCCUCACAGCUCCAUGGCUGAAUGAGGAAACUGAAGGUCCCGCCUUUCCUCGGAACUGGAUCAGAACCGGUUCAGCAGCGUCUGAAUCAGCCAAUCAGCAGUGGAGUUUCUUCCUGCGUGUCUCUGCUGGUUCCAGUAGAAACGGUGAUCUGGUGUCAGAGGUGAUCCGCUGCUGGGAUCCGAUGGACGACUCUCUGUUCUGAGAGGAAGAUGAUGAUGAUGAUGAUGAUGAUCCUCCUGCUCGUUUCCCAGCAUGCACUGGGAGGAGUGGUGGAGGUCAAUGAGGGGGCGGAGUCUGUCCUGCUGCCCUGCAUCUACUCUGGUCAAAUACCUGAAGACAAUCCGUUACUCAUCUGGACUCGCAGUGACCUCAGUCCGAACUCCGUCCACCUGCAGAGAGAAAACGGCGACGAUCUUCAGAACCAGAACCAGCGUUUCAGGAACCGGACCUCCAUGAAUCCUGACGCUCUGGACACUGGAAACUUCAGCCUGACUCUGAGGAAACCUGAGCAGAUUGAUGGAGGAAACUACAGCUGCAGCAUCUCUAAUGGAAGAGAAGAACGGAACCUGAAACAGAUUCACCUGAAGGUCAAAGCUGAUCAGCAGGAGGUCGAGGUCACUGAGGGGUCAGAUUCUGUCGUCCUGCCCUGCACAACAUCGUCCCGCCUUCCUGAGGACACAGUAGUGGAGUGGACCCGCUCAGAACCAGAAUUUAUGAUGGUUCACUCAAGCAGCAACCAGAGAAACCAGGACGGAUUUUACCGCGACCGAACAGAGAUGGACCAAGAUUUCCUGAGGACCGGAGACGUCGGCCUGACCCUGAGGAAUCCCACACACAGAGACGCUGGACGCUACGUCUGCACCGUCUACAGAGACCAGGACGUCCUGAGACACACGCUGGUUCUGAAAUAUGUACAGAAAGAACCCUUUCCAUCCUGGGCCACAGCUCUGCUGGUUCUGGUUCUCAUCGUCUCUGCAGGAUUUUUAUAUCAUUUUAAAGGUUAUUUCCUGCCAGCUCCACAGGUGAAGGUGGAUCUAGGGGUUAAAUCUGUCGUGCUGCCCUGCAGAACCAACAUUUACCUGCCAGGAGGCGCCAGAGUGGAGUGGAGAGACGGAGAGAACAAGACGGUCCAUGUGUAUCCGAGCGGUUCUGAUGAUCCUGAAGAACAGAACCUGACCAGCAGAACCAGGAUGGGUGACGACCCACUGAAGACUAAAGACCUCAGUCUGACUCUGUACCGCCCCUCAAUGGCAGACAGCGGGAUCUACACCUGCAGAGUCUCCAUCAGGAAACAAGUCACCCUGAUGAUGAAACGGGUUCAUCUCCAGGUCAAAGGAGAAGCCAAAACCCUGGAGCGUGUGCGUCAGAGCUACCAUUGGUUUGGCGUGGGUGGAGAUGUUCACCUGUUUGUCAAGAGAUGCCCACAUUGUAGUGCAUGCAAGGUCACAGGUCCAGCAAAGAGAGCAAAACUGCAAAGCUACCAAAAUGUCUGCAAGCUCCUGCAAAUCACUAAGACCAGAACUACCCUUACCACCCCUCCUCCAAUGGACAAGGAAGUCCACCAACCACAAGACAUCCAGUCUGGCACUGCAAAACUCAAGGUUGAUGCACUACAAGCUGGAGAUUUCCUCUACAACCUGGAAGAAAGCUUAAAAGAAGCACAAUACCUGGCAAGAGUCCGUCUUCGUGCUGCACAAGAGCGGCAGAAAAGGGUGCAUGACCUCCGGGCCAAAGAACACUUCUACAGUUCUGGGUUUUACGCCAAAGAAACAGGCUGCUGCAAAAUUGCCAAGACCAAGAAUUCCAACCAAAAGAAGAGGAUGUCCCCCUGGUUCCUCUGCUACCGCUGUCAGAUGAUCAGGGUGAAGACCUCCAUCCCAAGGACCCAGGAUGCCAUCCAGAUGGACGACUGGGGAUUCACACGCUUGGAUAUGGCGCUCACCGCUCGCUGCCCGGACAUCGCUGAACGCUGUCCGUGCCAGAGCUAG